UGGCUCCUUCCUCCUCCUCCUGCCCUCCUCUGGACUCACACACUGUCUGGAGUUGGAAUUCAACUGUCGCGUCACAUCUGUGAGAGAGCGCACACAGUGAUGAUGUCUCCUCUCAUUGCCCGCCUGCUGCUCCUCGUCUGCUUGGCUUUACCUCUUUAUGGUGUGGAAAAGGUGAGAAAUAGAGGAUACCGAAAGGAUCCUGACGCCGAUAAGUGCACUGGAAAUGAUGCAGAAAAGCCCAACUGCACUAGACACUCUGGAGAAGGAAGAUCUGCUUCUUUGACCAACAUGUAUGGCAGUUGCAUCCAGGGGCCAGCAGGCACCGCUGGCAGAGAGGGUAACCCUGGAACCAACGGCAUCCCGGGGACGCCGGGCAUCCCUGGCCGCGACGGGGUCAAAGGCGAGAAAGGCGAGUGCAUCAACGAGAUCUUCGAGGAGGCCUGGAGGCCCAACUACAAGCAGUGUGCCUGGAACUCUCUCAAUUAUGGGAUCGACCUGGGUAAAAUAGCUGACUGUACGUUCACUAAGAUGCGUUCAGACAGCGCCCUCAGAGUCCUCUUCAGUGGUUCCCUCAGACUCAAGUGUAAGAACGCGUGCUGCCAGAGGUGGUACUUCACCUUCAAUGGAGCAGAGUGCACAGGACCGCUGCCCAUAGAGUCCAUCAUCUACUUAGACCAAGGAAGUCCUGAGCUCAACUCAACCAUCAACAUCCACAGAACGUCCUCAGUUGAAGGGCUGUGUGAGGGUGUCAAAGCAGGGUUGGUGGACGUGGCCGUGUGGGUGGGGACCUGUGCCGACUACCCCAGAGGUGACGCAUCUACAGGGUGGAAUUCAGUAUCCAGGAUUAUCAUUGAAGAACUGCCCAAAUAAAAUUUAAAAAAAGUUACACGUAAGGGAGGGACCAGUCCUGGUGGUAUGACAGUGUGUUAUCUGGCCCUCCAAAACGAUCAGGUACGGUCUGCUGAGGCGCCACAGCAUCACUGAUGGUAACUUGAAUGUUUGUUUUUUUAAAUGUGUUUAAUUCCUACACUAGUUGACAGGCCUAUAAACAAGAAUACUGUGUCAUUCUGUCUACCAGAAAUUAACUUUGUACUGUAGCUUUUUCUGCUUAUGGGUGCUGCUGUUGGUAUACAGUAAACAUUUAACAGACAUCGUGACAAGACAUUGACAAUAUUUAACCAUGUGCUCAUGUGACAUGUUUCUAUUCAGUAUUACUGUUAAUAAAGCCAUCUUUUUUUACUCAAAA